GAAGCAUUGCUAGCAAUAAUAGUAUUACGUACUAGUGUUGAUCAAUUUUUCGGAGUUUUUCUAAAUAAUUUACAGGAAGAAGAUGAAUAUAAACAUGUCGUACGUUUACAAGGACUAAUGACAACAAUUAAUAUAAAUUUAAGGUAUACGAUUUAGUUUUAUAUUUUUUAUUUCAAAGUGAAGAUAAUUACUCAUAUAAUAUAAAUAAAUAAAUAAAUAUAUAUAUAUAUAUAUAUACACAAAUUUUGCAGAAAUUUAGCUGAAAAAAUUAAAAUUUUGGAUCCACUAUCAUAUCCAUUAAAUUUGGAAAGCAUAACUGAUCUCGAUGAGGAGACUGCAGAGCAAAGGCAAGUCAAUUCUAUGAUAACUACCUUAAAUCAAUUGUUUGACGAUAUGACAGUAUCUGUAUCCAAAUCGGUCACAUCAAUUGCAACAUUUGAUGUUAUAUUAGGACAUGUCUUAAAGGCAGUAAUAGUAAUUAGGGGCAUAGUGAUUGAAUGGGUUGUUAUAAAAGGUUAUGAAGAAUCAAUGGAUUUGUGGACACAAUCAAGGCAUAAAGUCUUCAGAAAAGUAACAGAAAAUGCUCUUGCUGCUAUGUUACACUUUUAUUCUACAGAGUGUCCUGAAUUAGCUGUACAAUCAUUUAUGAUUUGGUUGCAUAGUUUAAUCAAUUUGUUCAUUGAACCAUGCAAACAUUGUGGUCUAUAUCUAAAACAAAUUUCACUUCCAACGUGGAGAGAUUUUAAUACUUACGAAGCAUAUCAUGAAGAAUGUAAAUCUUGUGAUAUAACUGAAGAUUUUAUAAGUUCAAAUUAAAUCCAUUACUUUUCAUAGAAUUUUUCUUUUGUAAAAUAAGACAUUAUUACAAUUGUUAUCUUUCUUUAUAUGACCGAAUUAUUAUCUGCACCACGAUUGUUAACACCUUCAGAAAGUGUACUUAGGGUUUAUAGCUAUUUACGUCUAAUUAAUUAAUUACUAAAAAAGGAUAAAGUACUUAGGUUAGAAAGAUUUUAUGAUUACAUAUAUAUUAUUAGUUUUAGUUAUUUUUCUUUUUUUCUUUGUAAACUUUUUAAUUAUCUCUAUGUAUUAAUAAAUAGAUUUAUAAAAACUUUGUAGUUAUUAUGUUGAUAUAUACUUGUAUGCUAUCUAAUCAACACCUUAUACAGCUAACUCAUUUUGUAUUUUGUGUAAAAUAUGACUAAAAUAUGGAAGGAGAUUACUUGAGUGACUACUUUAUUUGAAGUUCUACACUGCUGCAUGCAUUUGUGAUAAGUUAAUGUAUUUCAUCACGCACUUGUCACCGAUAUCUUUUUCUUUCAGAACAUAAUUUUUUACAAAAUUGUUUUCUCACUUUAAAUCAAUAAAAUUUAGAUUUACAUAUUCGACAACAUGGAAAUUACUUGUGCGUCGACCGAUAAGUACGCACAUGACUCACUAGAUGGUGCGCAUAAGCGAGAGAGUGUGGUGAUCUCUUUGCGAUUGUUAUGCCUCUUCUGGCAAGACACAUAACUAACACAUUUUAGCGCCACUAAAUACACACGCGAGAAACCAACCGAAGAGAGAGAGAGAGAGAGAGAGAGAGAGACAACAAAGACGCUGAAAAUAAAGGAGACGAUAAAGACUCCAGAAACAAAAAAGAGAUCAUUCAUUUUUUCUUUGAUUUUUCUUAAGAUCAUAGCUGUUGAAAGUGAUAAUCUGAUUAAACUACUGUGUACCUAACAAAGUUAAAUAAAUAUAUCGCAAUUAUCGUUUAAUGUGCAAAAUUUCUUUUAUUUGGUUGUCCAAGAAAAACUAACAAUUGAUGACUUCGAUGUCGUGAUCUUUGUGCAUCAAGAGCUUCUCUACUAAAAGAAAAACGUAUCGGCGUUAGCCAUCCUGCCUCAUUAUGAAACACGAGGUGCAAAAAAAAAAGAAAUUAAUAAAUAAUAAAUAUUAAAAAUUACAAUCAGUCUCAUGUACAGAACACCUGAAAAAAAAACAAAUACCGAACACCAUAUUAAAAGCCAACAAUGUAUAUACAGAUCUAUUAAGAUUCGACGCGAAUCUAAAUUAGAUCUCCAUGAAUUAACGAUAACGGCAAGUUAAACACAUUGAGAUAUCAGUGAAAAGGAACUCAUUCUGAACAAACGUAUCAAAACAACACGAACAAGAGACGCCAUUAAACACUUCGACAGUAUCAUUCAUCCCAUCAGUGUCAAUGACAAGAACAACAGCAAAAAAAUACUUCUGGUAUGCAGAACCUGCACAACUAUAAUCAACCACUAGCUCUUAACAACAUACGGCGUGACAAUUAUCACUAGAUAAGUCAACCUAAAUUCAUGAUAUUUACAAAAACUCGACCGUAUUCCUAAUUCAAUUUGGUUGAAUCUAUUGGGUUGGUAACUAAGUGAUUGCGAAUUUUGUCGUUUCCUUCUUAUUUGAAAUCCGGCAAUCACUUAGUUGCCAACCCAAUAAAUUCACUAUUUAUGGAAUCGUCGAUGAUAAAGUAAAAUACCUGACAGUCAUUAAGGCCUUGGACCACGACAUGAUCGAACAAUUUUCAAACAUAAUACGGCAGGAAUCCGCCACAGAUAAAUAUAAAACUCUCAAAAAUGUGAUAAUCUCAGGACUUCCUGGCUCCAGACACAACCAAAUAAAAAAACAUUUACGUAAGAUAAGGCUUGCAAAGAGAACACCUUCUCAGCUUCUGUGAUACAUGCGCACAUUGGCUAGUAGUUUCAUUGAUAAUACCAUAUUGCAACAAAUUUUGGUUUGAACAAAUGACAGUACAUAUCAAACAGUAUCUGAUUAAAGUAAGUGAACUUCCGCUUGAUAUUAUAGCCGUGUUUGUGGAUCGUUUUUACCUAACAGUCGACAGAAUGACCUGGUCAUGAGAAUCUUCGCACCCUAUUCUGCAUUGACUCCAUUGUGUAUUGACCCAAAGAUUAUGAAAAUUCAAAGAUCUUUUUUAUGUAUAUGACAGAGAUCAUUGAGUUUAAAUUAACGAAAAAAAACAAACAACAGUAUCUAUAACAGCUCACAUUACUGCAAUAACAAAAUCAACAACUGCAGUCCCAACAAUCUCCGAUGCACCAUAACUGCAGCAGACUAAGAUCAUUGAUAUCUGCACGCAUUGACAUCUGUUAUUAUUAUCAAAUGUUUGCCAACGAAGCAAAACGCUACAUCUUAUCUUGCAAAUUCGUUUCAACAACCACACUGACAACAACAAAUCAGAAAAAUUAACAUCGCUGUUUUCAUUAGGAACAGUGAAUGACAAUAACUUCAUACUAUUGGGUUGGCAACUAAGUGAUUGCGGAUUUUAAAUAAGAAGGAAAAUUCCAAAUUUUUGCUUAAAAAUAUAACUUUAUUCAAUUAGGUAUUGUCCGUUUUUGUUGAUGACAUCUUUUGCCAUCUUUCAGGCAGUGUCAUAAUCCCAUGUUCAUAAAACUUUCUGAUUUUUUAGCCAAAAACUGAAUUAAAUGUGAUUUUACAUCACCAGCGUCAUUAAAAAUUUGACCAUUUAAGAAAUUCUGCAUGGAACGAAAUAAAUAAAAAGACGUCCAACUAUACAUUUACGACAACACAACCAAACAGAAAUUCCUAAUUAAGUCUGGGUCGUACUGUCAUACUACCUGCUAAAAGGUUUCGUAAAAAUCGAACCAAACCGACUGCUCAUCACAAUAAAACCAGGAUCUUCAUUCUAAAAGACUUUGAUACCUGUCUUCAUAUAUUCCUUUCGCUGUAAUUACGUGAAAGCUCCACUAGAAGCACUGUACAUUGAUCCCUAUAAGAUUAUAAACUGAAUAAGUGACUGGAUAUUCAAAAUUAACAUCAACGGAGAAGAGAAAAAUAUUUCAAUAAACAGAUUGAAGCCUGCAUAUAUCAGCAAGAUAGACGAUGAUCAACGGGACUCUUCACCAGAUCAACAAACCCAACCCCACAUCACUGAGAUUCCAUUACGGAUAAAUUUAAACUAACUUACACACAUAAAGUCAAUUUCAAACUUCUCACAGAAAUUCAUUCAGGGGGGAGUGGUUGUGCCGACCUCGUUGCGACUGUUACGCCUCCUCUGACAAGAGGAUAAUUAACACGCUAUAAUUAAUACGCCUCGGCGUCACCAAACAAACACGUUGGAAACCUAUUAAAAAAAGAGAGAGACAACAAGAAGGAUGUUGGAAACAAAAGAAGUCUCUUAAAAUCAUCCAUCUUGAUCAUCGUCAAAAUUAAUUAUUGGAUUAAACUAUUGAUUAAACUACUGAUACCUGAUAAAGUUAAAUAAAUAUAUCUUAAUCAUUA